AUGUCUGCCAUGUCUACCGAAGACUACGAAUUGGCGGCCACUGCUUACCGACGAGUGGUUCAGUUUGAGACCAAUAGCUUCGAGGCGUGGAAUAAUCUGUCGAAAGCGUACAUAAAGUUGGGCCAAAAGUUCCGGUCGUGGAAGACAUUGCAAGAAGCGAUCAAAUGUAUGAACGCUAUUUGCGAGGGAAUUGUCGACCGAAACGGCGAAUCGACCGCAAAACUGGCCGUUAAAAUGCAGGAACUGUUCGGCCGAAUAGCGGCCACGAGUAGCGGUUCGACCACAAUAUGGAGACUUUACGCGAAGUUAUUGAUUAAUAAUAAAGAGAAAGACAUCGAGAAAGUGAUUCAAUGCCUUCAGAAGUGUCACCGAAAUGCUGUUCAGACCAAUGAUUGGCAAAAAGACCCCAAACUUAUUGUCGAAACUCUGAAACACUGUUUACUUCUUGCGGACGAAUACCACGAAUGCGCUGUUUUGGACACAACUAAAGCCCUGCGAGUACUGUCUUCGAGUAAAUUAGCGAUUAAUUCAGUUGUAGUUUUAGUUGAGAAAACUCGUGGCGAUUGGUCUCAAACGAAACCAAAGUGUGGAUCGAGUGAUGGCGUGACCAUCACUACCACAACACAUGCUCUUCAAUGCGAUCGCAAUAUGUCAUCGGAAACCACCGAAGAGACCGUUGAUCCGGAUUUAGUGCUUUCGGAGCACACGUUGAAUGCGCUGAAAGAGUUUUAUGAGGAAACCAACCGUAAACUGGAGGCCGAAGACAACACCAAACUCACAGAUAUUGAAGAGAAUUGGCAAUUGAGUCAGUUUUGGUACACCCUUCUGUGCCGGUCUAUAGAUACGCUACUUCACUACGUGCGCAACCCGCAUAGCCUGCUGGGCUUCUGCCGCGGCACAGGCUGUGAGAAACUGCGUGAGAUCGCAAAGUUGCCUAAAGAGGACAUCCAUUCAAUUGAAUUGGUUUUGUUUGAAUUUGACCGACGAUUUGAAGCCAAAUAUGCUUCAGAUUAUGUCUUCUAUGACUACAACGAACCCAUCGAUGAAGUGAUGAGACAACGAUUCCCAGAGAAGUGUUUCGAUGUGGUGGUCGCGGAUCCGCCCUUUUUGUCCGAAGAAUGUAUGAGAAAAACGAGUGAAACGAUUAAAUACUUGGCAAAGGAUAAGGUGUUGGUCUGUACGGGAGCUGUGAUGAGGGAUCUGAUGCACGAAUGUCUUGAGUUAGAGGAAUGUCUGCACUUUGAACCCAAACACAAUCGAAACUUAGGAAAUGAAUUCAAAUGUUUUUCUAAUUUCCGAUUAAGACAUUUGGACCACAAAUCUUUGUUUAUUAUCAUUUAA